CCUUGAUGUGCCUCCGACGUAUAACAGUUGCCAAACAAAGUGAAGGAGGGAAAUAUCAAAUAGGAAAAGUUUAGUAUUUGUUUGUGAAUGAUUAUUACUAGUAUGAAUAAAUCUUUUCCUUACUGUGGUCUGGUUAACAUUUAUGACUAAAUUACUAUAGCUUAUUUUAUUAACACACCGCAAGUGAUUGAAAUGGAAGAAUUGCGGUCCAAACAUAAAACUAUUCAAAGUGCGGCUCAUCAUAUUGCUCUGGAGUGCAUUCAUCCUCAGUACCAUUUGUCCCAUGUCUGUGCUCGGAGCAGUCAACACACGGCUCGCCAUACCACGUGCACCCAUACCCUUCCCCUGUUCGGCUUCAGCAUGCAUUCCAGAGUCAGAACAGUCCGAAGAUGUUCCAUCCCAAAGGGCUUAAACCACACCUUGAGGGCCGCAGCCGCAGCCCGUUGGAAAGCGGGGUGGGGUCGGGGUCAGGGGCGCUGGGCCGCGCUCUGUGCCUGACGCCUCGAGGCAGCCCGCUCCCAGGCCGCGUGUCGCAUCUGAGCGACCGCUUCCAAGACUCGCUGUCACUCAACGCCGACACGGACGCGCUGCUCGCAAAGAUAAGCGCCAUGUUCCCCACCGUCAGCGAGACGCACAUAAAGAUACUUCUGAAGAAAUACUACAACCGCGAGGCGGUGGUGAUAAGCGCGCUGCAGGUUGAGAAGCAUCCUAUCACGACGCCGGGCCCCGUGGCCAUGUCCCCGGGCGGCGCGCGCCACCACGCCCGCGUCUCUCUGCACGGAUCCGCUCACUUCACCGCCACCACCGCCACUAGUACGCCGCAAGGAUCGCCGUCGCUUUUCCGGCCGGCUUCGGGGGCAUCCAGCUACGGCGCAGGCCGCUCCGCCGAUGGCCAGCCCCGCCACCAGUCGCCCAAGAUGAAACUCAAGUAUUUGAAGAGCAUAUUCCCGAAGGCGGAGGAGACGUUGAUCCUGGACGUGUUGGCCAAUAAAGACAACAACGUGCAGUUGGCCAGCGAAGAGCUCCUGUCUAUGGGAUUCCCGCGCAAGGAGCCAGUAGUGCCCCCCCAAAGGAGGGACAAGGAAGCGUUACCCGUAGCACCGACUGUCAACAAGAUCCUCAAUGUCAUCAAGACCGCCGAAGAGAAAGCUCAACUAAAACAACAGCUGCAACAGAAGUACCCAGGCGUUGCGGAACGCGUGGUGGUGCUGGCUUUAGAGAGCGCCGCCUACCGCCGCGACCGCGCCGACCAGAUCCUUGCCGCCGCGCUGCAAGAAUCUCUACCCACCGCCACCGCUACCGCCACCGGCACCACUACCACCGCCACCGCCCGCCCGACGUCCACCGCGACUACGCAGCACGAGAACGUGCUAAAGAUGUCAGGCGUCGGGGGCGGGGUUGGGUCAGGGGGCGGCUACCGGUCCGCCUACGGGGGCGCAGCGGGCGGGCCCGACCCUGCGCUCCAUCAGGGACCUAAUGACAGUCUGCUAUUAUUGGAUUACCUGCCAUGGAACGGGCCGAACCCGGAGUACUGCGGGUCAGCGGCGAAGACACACGGCGCGAGCCCCGGCCCGUCCGGAGUGGCCCGUGGGCCCGCCGCACUCGCCCGCGGGCCCGCCGGCCUCGCCGCCGGCUCCAUAUACCGCCGCAUCAACAAGAAGACCGCCAACCUGGAGGUAUUCUCCAACUGAAACGAUGUCGACAACUCACGACCUCACACGAAACUAAUCGAGUGUUUCUCUCUCUAUAGGGUAAUCGCUUUUCGUUAACGAUUAUAGGCAAGCCCUGGAGGUAUUCUCCAACUGAAACGAUGCCAACAACUCACAACCUCACACAAACUAUAGUGCGAUAAGGCUCUAUAUGAAUGUGGGUGACAGUUCAGGGAGGGCGCGGCGCCACUGGGCCAAAUUCUAGCAUGAAUAUCCAAACACAGUAUAUCCUUGUCAUUCUCUACAGAAUGAAAAGGAGAGACUGAUGUUAAGUUUAGUUUUAAGUUCAGAGAAUCUUGCCAGAAUCGACACCACUGUCUUCGUAAAUUACCGUAAAUGACAUACAAAAGAUGACCUUUACAGAAACGGCGGCUUUAGUUCAAAUUUUCGCCACAUUCAUAAAGAUCCUUGUUGUAAUGUAGGGUCAGUUCGCCUGUUCGCGUCCAUCGCCCAAUUCGCGUCCAUUUUACGGAUCUCCCUUAAAAAAUCCUCAAAAAUAAGUAAACUAACACACUAAUCAGACGAAAAGUAAUUACCGCUAAUACCUUAAUAUAUAAGAGGCACGAACACAUAGUCAAAAGGUAGGUGCGCCAAACAAUCCCGAUUAAAAAAAAAUAUUAGUCUCGGUUAUCCAUCAAGGGAGUGCGUACACGCGGGAUGUUUAGAUAAAAAAUAGUGUGCAGCGGCGC